AUGAAUAAUAACAGUGUGACUGAAUUCAUUCUGUUUGGGUUGACACAGGAUGUUGGAAAGCAGAAGGCAGUAUUUGGCAUCUUCUUGAUUCUUUACCUUAUGACUCUACUGGCAAACUUUCUCAUCGUGGUGACCAUUAAAACCAGCCGGACACUAGGGAGUCCCAUGUACUUUUUCCUCUUCUACCUCUCCUUUGCUGAUGCUUGCUUCUCUACAACCACAGCCCCCAGAUUGAUUGUGGAUGCCAUUUCUCAAAAGAAGACCAUUUCCUACAAUGAGUGCAUGACCCAAGUUUUUGCCACCCAUUUCUUUGGGAGCAUGGAGAUCUUUGUGCUCAUCCUCAUGUCCUUUGAUCGCUAUGUAGCCAUUUGUAAACCCCUGCAAUAUACAACCAUCAUGAGCCAACGUGUGUGUCAUGCCCUGGUGAAUGUGGCCUGGGUGGGGGCCUGUCUUCAUACUUCAGCACAGUUAUUCUUGGCUUUGAGAUUACCCUUUUGUGGCCCCAAUAUUAUUGAUCACUUCUACUGUGACAUGCAACCUUUGUUGAAACUUGCCUGCAUGGACACAUAUAAAAUCAAUCUGCUUAUCGUGUUUAAUAGUGGGGCCAUAUGCCUAGUAAGUUUUGUAAUUCUUCUUAUCUCCUACAUUUUCAUUUUACGUGCUCUGAGUAAUCAAAGUGCAGAAGGAAGAAGGAAAGCCCUCUCUACUUGUACCUCCCACAUCAUCGUCGUUGUCUCAUUCUUUGUUCCAUGCAUCUUCACCUACACUCGCCCUGCCACUACUUUCCCAGCAGACAAGAUCGUGGCUUUGUUUUACACUGUUGGAACACCUUUGCUCAACCCUCUGAUCUAUACUUUGAGAAACUCAGAAGUAAAAAAUGCCAUGAGAAAAUUGUGGUGUAGGAAAACAUGA